GGCGGUCACGUGACUGGACGGGCAGGGGGCGGGGCUGGGAAGCGGAGCGAUGGGGGCCGCUCUGGACAUCAAGCUCAAACGGGCCAACAAGGUCUAUCUCUGCGGGGAAGUUCUUUCUGGAGUGGUGGUCAUAACAAGCAAAGAUGCAGUCCAACACCAGGGUGUCUCCUUAACGAUGGAAGGAUCAGUAAAUUUGCAGCUCAGUGCCAAAAGCGUUGGUGUGUUUGAAGCUUUCUAUAACUCUGUUAAGCCUAUUCAAGUUAUCAACAGUACCAUAGAAAUGGUAAAACCAGGAAAACUUCCCAGCGGCAAAACAGAAAUUCCUUUUGAGCUUCCAUUGCAUGCGAAGGGCAACAAAGUUCUAUACGAGACAUAUCAUGGUGUGUUUGUCAAUAUUCAGUAUACCCUUCGGUGUGAUAUGCGACGAUCUCUACUGGCCAAGGACCUGACUAAGACUUGUGAAUUCAUUGUCCACUCACCACCUCAGAAAGGGAAGUUGAUGCCAAGCCCAGUGGACUUCACAAUUACACCUGAAACCUUACAGAAUGUUAAAGAGAGAGCCUCGCUCCCAAAAUUUCUCAUCAAAGGUCAUCUCAACUCGACUAACUGCAUCAUUACACAACCACUAAUUGGGGAGUUGGUGGUGGAGAAUGCAGAAGCUGCAGUCAAAAGUAUUGAACUACAGUUAGUACGUGUGGAAACCUGUGGUUGUGCUGAAGGUUAUGCUAGAGAUGCUACAGAGAUUCAGAAUAUUCAGAUUGCUGAUGGGGAUGUCUGCAGAAGUUUGUCUGUUCCAAUAUACAUGGUAUUCCCCAGGCUGUUCACUUGCCCUACGUUGGAAACUACAAAUUUCAAAGUUGAGUUUGAAGUUAACAUUGUUGUCCUCCUGCAUGAUGAUCACCUCGUCACAGAGAAUUUCCCACUGAAGCUCUGCAGGGUGUGAAUAUCCGGAGGAGAAUUGCUAAUGGAGGAACAAGGAAAUUCUUCAGCUACCAAAUGGAAAUUCAGUUCGCAUCUUCAAGCUUAUUUUAAUUGAAGGACUAAAACAUUUGCUCAUCCCACUAUUGACUUCUGUGUUGGAAGGGAGUGCAUUUCUCUGUAACUCUUACCAAACACUUUGUCUAUCUUCUGAUAUUAUUAGUGAAUGUGCUUUUCUGCUGAGACUCCUGCCAGGUAUCUCUUUGAAUUGGACAGCCGUGCCUCCCUUUCUCUAUUUGUUUUUCUUAAGAACCCUUAAGGGAUGUAUUUUACACAUUCCUGUCAUGUGUACAACACCCAGUAAGUUUCCAUGAUUAAUUCAUAAUUUAACACUUGUGCUAACGCUUUAAAUGCUUCCUUUAUAAGGAUCCUUGUAUCUAAACAGCUAACCGGCCCUGCUAUGUAUUGGUCCUUGAAGGAGAGACUGAGAUUAGAUGUUUCCUAAGCCUCAUCAUCAUAUGGAUGCUGGGAGACCUAAUGUUCAAGAAAUGUUUGAGACCUUUUAAUGAACGGUGCUACAGAACUGGAACACAGUGUUAUUGGAUCAGCAUCACACAAAGAUAUGAAGUGAAAGGAAACUAAGUAUGUUUCAGUUAGAUUAGGAAGUGAAUCUAUUAAUCAGGGGAACAACCUCAGAGCUAAAGCUUUUUAUUGUAACAAAGUUGAUACAACUAUCACACUCUCAUUAACUUGGUCAGUUACUUGCAUAAGUUCUACUGCAGUGCGAGGACCAACCUGUCAAAAGAGGUUCUAGCUUGCAGUUGUGGCAGACGUCCUGCGCUUGAUUAGCCAUUCCAUGUUAAUUUCUUCCCCCCCAACUACUGAGUUCUUUACCUACAAUCUAGUUGUGGUGCAAAAACGUGGGUCCUUGCUUUGCUCUUAUGGCCAUGAGAGCAAUCCGAUGAAAGCUGCUGUCGGUAUGCCUGGCUGCUAUAUUGUAGACUAGCUCCUUCCUAUGCCUGACUUUAUUGCCAGGUAGAAUACUUUACUAUAGACUGUAUAAACAUAUUUAUGUUUUGGCCACCCCGGUUAACCUUUUUUAUGCAAUAUGGUAUUAUAUGGGUAAUUAACUGUAUCUGAGCCAGUUACUAGUUGCUUCCCCUUUCAUUGGAAGGGUUAGUUGACAUUUGCUGAAUAUGUCAAGACAUAACUAUAUUAGGGGGUGUGGGGAAGGGGAAAUGCGCCAGGCAGAAAUGAGUUGGGUUUUUUAUUAUUUUUUUAAACUAUUUUCUGAUAAAAGCCCUCCAUUGCUUUUUUUAGUUAGCACAUCUUUAUUGGGUAGACACCCUUAAGCUGCCACAGCAGGAACUAAACCAGGAGACCAUCUUGUUUUGGGGAGGUGGUGUAGGGUGGAAGAAUUGUGUUUUUGAUAAUGUAAGAAAAAGUACGUAUAAAGGCAAAGUGUGCUUUUUCUGAAUAUACAUUUGCAAAUGAAACCGUCAGGGGAGGAGGAAGAGGCACUGUAAAGCAAAAUGAGCAGGCACCUAAAACGUUAACUCAAUCUUGAAGUAAAGACACUUGACAAAACAUCUGAUUUUGGCUUUACAGCUCCCUUCAUCCAACAGAAAAAUACUAAAUUUUCCAGCUGGCUAUUCAGGCCUCUGCUCUGGCUAAUGGCAAAAUCCUUGUUCAGCAGUUUCCAUGUUUUAGGAAUAAAAACCUGAACGUCUAAAAAUCUAGUUUAACAACUUGCAGUAUCAGCACAACAUUUUGGCAUUAAAUCGUUCAAAAUCCUCUCCUUAGCCACUGCAAAAGCAAUGUUUGCAUGUGAUCUGGAAAUACUAUUACAGGAUCAUUUGGGGGGAAAUGAGGUCUGUGACUUUCAAAGAGGCAGGAUGACACUAGACUGCUAGCUAUUGACCAGUACCAAAAUGGCCAUAUGAAUUUACAGAUUUUUAGGGAUCUUUUGUAAGCAUGUAAUGAACAUCUAAUGGAAACAAUAUAUAAAUAACACUACUAUGAAUCCUGCAUUUAGUUUAGGGAGUACUGACAUUUUCACAGCAUAUACAGACCUAUACCCUCCAGCACAGAAUUACACCAAUCUAGAUCAUCCCACUGAAGUUCUUGUUCAGAUGUGACACCUACUGGAGUGUGUGAGACAAACUAUGAAGAUUAUUCUGGAUCUGCUGAAGAGGAGAGCAUGUUAAAGCUCCCAGUUAAUCUCGCUACAUGGAUGAUAGCCUUUCAGCUAGGAAUAUCAGUGUAAUAGAAGAAACACUAUUUUCCUUAGGGAAUAGAGAGCACAUACAUCCUCCCCUUCUAUUUACUAAGCCGUUUGGCUGAAAAGAUGCAGAGGGAGAGAAAAAGCUUGUCCUCUAAAAACUAAGCUAUGAUUAGCAGGAAGUCCUGUGUAUAUAACCUCCCUUGUGCUUAACUGUACGUCUGUUUCUUUAUUGUUCAGGUAUGAAAGACUCUAGCUGGGUUCUUUGAACACAGUGGUCCAGAUAUUUUGUACUGUUUACAGCGUAAACAAUAGAUUUUUGCCCUCAUGUUGAGAGUGGGUAGAUGGUAAUUGGGGGCCCCAGAACCUUAAAUUAUCAGGUUUUUUUAAAGACAUUGUUUUUCCACUCUGCUGAAUUAGGGAUUGGUGGAAGCCUGAAGACUCUCAUCUGUACUUUAUUUACAUUUUUCAUAGUCUCUUUUCACCACUACAGAGGGGUUUGGGACUUUUUGACAGAUUAAUCUUUACCAUGAAUUAAAGUUGAUGACUCUGCUCAUCUAUACUCAAAUGUUAGCAGAGCUGGUCAAAUUCCAAGGCACAACUUAAAAUGUUACCUGCUGUAGAGUGACAGUUUCUUUACUUCUAGCAGCAUUAAAACUGGAACGUAAGAAGCAUCCAGAGAAGGCUGUGACUUCUUGACUUUUUCCUCAGCCCUCAAUCAUCUAUUAAUUCAAAGCCCUUCAGCAAUAUCCCAUAGGUCAAAUUUGAAAGUCCCCAAAACUCUGAUCUCACCGAAACAACUAUGAUCUAGCACUUAAACCUCAACCAUUAAAUACUGAUUAACUUUAAACAAAUCUCUUUACUUCACACCAUUAGGGAAAUACCAUUAAAUCACAAUCUAACUAGUUUUAUUAUCCUUUUCUAAAUUUUGUUGAACAUAACCAGUUUUCUAGACUAUGGCCCUUCAUAUUACUUCAUGACCAUAAGUCUGCAUCCAUGGAGUUUUGUCCUGCUCAUUUCAGGAAAGGUAGCUGUUGCUUGCAGUGAAUUAAUUUUUUGUCCAUAUAACCUAUCUGAAUUCUGAAGCAGUUUGGACUUUUAAAGUGAGCUACUGAUGGUAAUCUUUCAGACUUCCCCUUUAAAGCUGGAAAUUAUAUGUGAAGUAGCUUUUUCCCUUUCAAGUCUGAGGACUGGUCUAUAGCUACAUCGCUUGAGGGUGUGAAAAAAACCACACCCUAGAGUGAUGUAUUUAAGCUGACCUAAUUGCAGGUGCAGACAGCAUUAGGUUGAUGGAUGAGUUCUCCUAUCAGCCUACCUACUGCCUCUCUGGGAGGUGGAUUUCCUACACUGAGAGCAGAACACUUCUUGUCAGCAUAGGCAAUAUCUUCAGUGAAGUGCUACAGUAGUGCAGCUGCAGUGUUUCAAGUGUAGGCAAUCCCUCAGGUAGGUGGAUUACCUAUGCUGCCAGGAAAACCCCUACCUGUCAGCAUAGCUAGUGUCUACACUGAAGAGCUACUGCGGUGCUCGUGCACUCCUGUAGCAUUUUAAGGAUAGAAGAGCCCUGUGUAGCUAGGUCUGUCACAUGUUUCUAAGAUCAGGGAAAUCUCUAACUGUACUAGGUAGAAAGCUCAUACUUAAAAGGAUGGGAUCUGUAAUCGGCAAUCCACCCUCAAAAAUACUUUGGACUGUAGCAAGGGAGAGGGGCAGUAGUAAAUGUUUAGUGCAUGUCAACACCGAGCUAGCUCUUUGAUGCUGGUUUUGCAGUUUCCAAAUAGAAGACAGUCCUAUCUAGCUGACUUCAAGUAAGUGAGAUUUGGGAACUAGCAUUGAGCAGUUUUCAAAGUUUUUUGCUUUUUUUAGUUCUGGAACGCUAGAAUACACUUCUGCACCAAGAGGUGAAGUCUGGUGCAGUAGAACUGCAGAAUACAUGGAGUCCUUGCUGUAGUGAAGUCUUAGAUACUAUUGUGACAAGUGUUUUUAAAAAUGUGUAUGAAUGAAUACACUUAUCUUAGUCGCUGAAGGACCUGCACUGCAAAACCAGCAGCUCACAGAUUCAUAUCCGCCAACACUGUGGGGCAAACAUGGCCUAUUCUAAAGUUGUGUUAUUGGAAGUAGGGUAGUUGCUGAUUGUGCAGGGGCUCUUAGGGUGAGGAGCUGCCAUGUUCUUCCUACACCCUGCAACCCACAACAAUGGAGAGGAGCUGGAAACACAUUGUCAUCACCAAAUACUGAUUCAAUUACUACUGGUCCCUCCACCCAUCCAGACCCUUUCCCCACCCCACUCUGGAGCACUCACCUCACCUCUUUUAUCUCCAACUGCUUUUUUCCUUUUUUUCCCUUCUGAUACUGGAUGAGUCUGGGAUGGGGGCAGCUGGGAGUCUCAUUCCCAGCCUCUAGGCCAGUGGUGCAGCAGGAAGCCUUACAUGCAAGGGUAUGGUGCUGGGGAGCAGGGCUGAUCGCUCCUGACCCUUUAAGGAGGCAGUGGGAGAGUGGAGAGAUUGAAAAAAAAGGAGCUUUGCCGGCUCUACAUGCUGAGGAAGGAAGAAAGCCUCAUAACCCGAGUAGCAGCUCUGAUUGGCUGCAUACCCUGGUGGGUUUUCCUUCUAAACUUGGAGGAGAACCUGAAAGCUCACAGUAUUAGCAGCCCCCCUCCACAUAUUCGCAUACACAGAAAAACCUAGCAUUGCUUUCCCGUCCCCCAUCAGCAAGAUCUUCACCACCUUUCAGGCCUAUCUGGAGGCAGCAGGACUUCUUCAUUCCCAGCAAGGGGCCCAAUCUUCACCUCUCGGGGUGGGUGCGGAGGAGGAGCCAGAAGAAAGCAGCUGCAUGGAGCUGGGCAGUGGCUAUUGUGAGGGCUGACAGUCUGGGCAAGCAGCUGAUUGAUUGGCCCUGGGGUUGGGGGCGAGACUAGAGAAGCAAGGCCAAUGAGUUGGGUGUUGUCCCACUAGGGAUUUAUACCAUAUCAACCUAUAGAGUUGGCAGAGCUGAGACUGACAAAACUGGAUUACUUAACAGUGGACUUUUAAGGUAAAGCGUUAUAAUAUCUGAGAUUGCUUUGGGAUGGGCUCUUCAGCUAAGGCCGUUGCUCGGUAAGGGGGUGUGUGGCCACUUGUACAGGUUUCACUGGGUAUUGUACCGUUCAAGCAUGCUUUCCAAAACUGCUCUGAAAACCAACCCCGCUUGAAGCUACCACUGCGCUUCACCAUCCUCCUAGCUGUGGCGCUCUGAGGAGGACUGUUGAAGGGGGGGGAGGAGAGGGAGUUCUGCAGGAAGAGCAGCGCGAACUCCAGAGCAAGGUGGGAAGGGAUCUCAACGCGGAAUACAGACAGUCAUAACCAGCGGAAUUUUUUAAAUUGAAGCCUGCCCUGCAUUUGACCGUGUGGAAACGCAGCAAAUACUACUCCUGGGGGAGUGUGUGCCAUGCAGAAUUUUUCCCUCAGAAAAUACAUUUUGCAGUUACUCCUUUUGCCCACCUGGGGCUGCUGUAGCAUCAGAACAGACUGCAGCUGCAGACAGGGAAGAGAAAGACGCUGCCUUCCUCACAGUGCCCUGCCUAUGCGGCCGGCCAGCCCACAGCCCCUCAUCCUGCCAGGGAAAGGAGCUCAGAGCUAGAGGAAGGAGUCCCUCUAGAUGCACAGACACACACACAGAGGCUGUCUCCACAGUAGCACACACAGAGCGUGUCAGGAAGAGGACUCCCCAUUCCUCAUGCAGCUGCACCAUUUUGGGAUUACAAGGGGUGUUUCUACAGCUUUGGAAGAGCUCCUGUGGACAGUAGCUUGAGUUGAAAGACAGUGACUCAUUUCUGGAACUUGAAAGCAACAACACAAGACUACUUCCAAAUUCCACGGGUCAGAUGCAUUGUCCAUUUUUAUGAAUGAGUACAGAAGCUGCUAGCAGAAAGAAAAUUAUCUGGAACUGGCCAGUCUUGGAAAGUAAGAACCCGCAAGCAACAGCCAAGACUCCUAAGGAUACCCCAAGACCUGGAGAGGAUGCUGUGCAGGGAGGAGGAAGUCUCUUGGGUGGAGCCAAUCCCAGCUCUGACUCCUCACAUGCAGAAACAGACCUCCACCAUGCCCAUCAGUCUUGCUCCAUCUCCUACUUCUAGUCCUUCUCCCUUCCUCAGACCAUCAGGCAGGAAAACGUGGGCAAUUCUGUGCUGCAUGAACCACCAUGGCUAAACUAGAACAGGCAUAGAGCUGCAAAGUCUUUUACUCUGAAUUUUUCCCAUGUUGGAUAGUCAGAGAUUGAAUGCUAACAACCAAGAGAAUAUUCUUUACAAUUGAUGUAAUUCACAAAGCUAAUAAAUGCCACUUUGCUUUCCUAAA